ACCCAAACUCAGUGCCCUGGCCUUUGACAGCCGCCCGUUAAGUCUACAGCUAUAAUGGAUAAGCUACAGACAUUUGAAAUGAAACCAAUUUGAACAUUGGCGUUUCAACGCUAUUACUGUAGGGAAAUUAUAUUGUAUGAAGCGAAGUCAAGUGUAGACUGGGCGUUGUAACUCACAGAAGUUAGCUACUUAGACCAGAGCAGAAAAUAACCAACUAGACCAGACGCUACAAUAGUGCUAGCAGAUGUCUGAUCAGUUGACAUCCGGCUAUACUGUAGUAGUCAGAUGAUCACUUAGCAUUUCCUCAUCAAUACCGGUGAUAUUGCUGCUUUCAUAGGAACGUAGCGGUAGCUAGAUAGCCAGCCAGCUAAGUAUCUUCUUUGCUGCGGUUGUCAUUUCUGUGCAACUAACUAGCUUAGCAUACCAUACUUAGCUAGUCGUCUAUCGUUCAUCACAGUCUCGCUAAGCAGCCUGCAGAAGUACUGUCAAAAAUGGCUGGAGACCUUCAAGCGAAAUACAGCAAGUUGGCCCAGGAGUAUUCCAAGCUCAGGGCCCAGAACCAGGUCCUGAAGAAGGCUGUGGUGGAUGAACAGGCCAGCUCCACGGCUCUAAAGGACCAGGUGAAGCAGAGGGAGCAGAGCCUCAGGAAGGCGGAGCAGGAGAUGGACAGUCUGAGCUUCAGGAACCAGCAGUUGACCAGGAGGGUGGAGCUGCUACAGGAGGAGCUGUCUGUUGGCGAGGCCCGGGGGGGGGGCAGGAAGACCAAGCAGGGUAAAGGAGACUCUCCUUCCCAGCAGGGUCAAACCCAGAGUGUGUUUGAUGAAGACCUGCAGAAGAAGAUCGAGGAGAACGAGAGACUGCACAUUCAGUUCUACGAGGCGGGGGAGCAGCACCGGCAUCAGCUGGCCCAGCUGGAGGCGCUUGUGGAGGAGCUGCAGCAGGAGCGUGAGCGGGCGGAGGCCCAGCUGGAAGGGCUCAGUGCCAGGUGUGCCCUUGGAGAAGACCGGCUGGCCCAGGAGACCGCACGCCUGGAGCUCAGGGCUCACAACCUGGAGAGAGAGGCCCGGGAGUGCAGGGCCCGGGCGGAGGAGUGCCAGCAGCAGCUGAGUGGGUGCCAGGUGGAGCUGAGCAGACAGGUGCAGGAGAACAGCAGUGUGAUCCAGGAGAAGGUGCCCUUCAACGACACCCAGUAUCAUCACUUCAACAGUUUAAAUGUUCCUCCACACAACCGGCGGCACCAGUUAAAGGCGAGGGAUGUGGCUGGUCAGGCUUUGUUGCUGGUCAAGGACCUGGUUGCUGCUCUGCUGAACUUCCACUCCUACACCGAGCAGAGACUGCACAUCUAUCCCCUGGACUCCUCCAUCCAGCCCAUCUCCCCACUCAACCAGAGGUUCUCCCUGUACCUGCAUGAGAACGCGGCGUAUGUACGCCCCCUAGAGGACGGACUGCUGCAACUGCACCACAGCAUCACAGAGGACACGGUCACUGUACUGGAAACUGUGGGGAAGCUGAAGGAAUUUGCAGAUCACUUCUCAUCAUACACACACUUCCUCCAGAAGAUUCUACCUUACCAGCUCAAGAGCCUGCAGGAGGAAUGUGAGGUGUCUCUGUGUCCUCCAGCUCUCUCCUCUAAGAACCAGGAUCUGCAGAGAGACCUGACCAGGGUCACGGCCAUCUUCCUGAAGCUGCAGAGCUACAUCACCCUGCUGGCCCUGCCCUCUCAGAGGGAGCAGGCCGUGCCUCAGAGCAGCUGUUCUGCAGCGUUCACUCAACUGGCGGCUGCUCUGCACAGUCUCCAUGACGCCCUCCAGGAACUUUCUCAGCACUACAGUCAGAAGGCCAGUCUGGAAGAGGGUCUUCCCAGCGUCUCCCAGAAGCUGCGAACCACCUCAGAGUGUCUCCUCUCCUCCCUGUCCUCCCUCACCAUCACCUCCUCCAAGGUGGCGACCUUCUUCAGUAACAACCUGGACUUCUUCACGGCGUCUCCAGGGUACGGGCCAAAGGGUGGUGCGUGCACCCUCAGCCCCCUGCAGGCAGAGAGCAUGCUGGGAAACAAGAGGAGGGCAGCCGCUUACAUGUUGACCAUCAGGAAGCCUAGGCCAGAGUCUGUGCCGUACAAGGAGGCUCUGUCCAACCGCCACAUCCUGACCUCCUCCACAGAGAGCAGGGAGGGUCUCACACAGCAGGUGCAUCAGGGCCAGGAGAAGAUAGCUCGUCUGGAGCAGGAGAAGGAGCACUGGCUCCUGGAGGCCCAGCUGGGCCGGGUGAGGCUGGAGAAAGAGAACCAGCGCAUCUCAGAGCUGCAGGCCCAGCUCUGCUCCGCCCUGGGGGGCCCUGCCUCCGGGCCCCCCGGAACCCCCGGCCUGGGACGCCAGGAGGAGGAGGAGCAGGAGGAGAAGGGAGCAGGGAGGGAAGCCACGCUCUCCACCAGUCUUCAGGUUGGCAUGCUGACCACUACGCCCAUAAACGAUGAGGUCGGGGAUGAGGCCAGCAGAGAGCAGCUGAUUAAGAGCCACUACAUGGUGAGGGUGUCAGAGCUGACCUCACAGCUGCAGCUGUCAGACAGCAAGGCUGUCCACCUCCAUGCUGAGUGCCGGGCCCUUGCCAAGCGUCUGGCCAUCGCAGAGAAGACACGGGAGGCCCUGGCGGAGGAGGUCCGACUGGCCAAUCAGAACAUCACACGGCUGCAGGAUGAGCUGUCCACCACCAAGCGCAGCUACGAGGAGCAGCUGAGCAUGAUGAGCGACCAUCUGUGCAGCAUGAACGAGACGCUUAGCAAGCAGAGGGAAGAGAUCGACACGCUCAAACUGGGGAACAAGGGAAGCACCAAGAAGAACAAGGGCCGCUAGGACCAGACUCCUCCUGCUGCUCCCCCUCUUCCUCCUGCUUUUCCUCCUGCUCCAGACCUGCACCUCCUUAGGCUGAACCAUGGAGACUCUUUCUCCUGCUCCUCCUCCUCCACUGGACGAAUUCCAGAGACCCUGCAAACCGCUCCUCUCUCUGCCAGACCGGGGCAAUCGAGGACAUUGGAGCAGUUUGUCAUCCAUGCUUCGAAAUAUAGUAGGGAGGGAGAGGGGUGGAGGGAGCAGAGAAAAGAAGGGAAGUAAGAAUGAAGUGAGGGAGGGAGGGAGAAAUGGAGAGAGGUAUUGGAUAAGUGAAGAUGGAAUAGCAGGGCUAGUGGGGCUAGGGUUACUCACUAGUCAAGCUGUAAAGAUCACAUUCUUAGAGUUACUGAGGGUUUAUGCAAAUGUACGCGUGUGUGUGUGUAGGAAGGACUGAGGAAUCGAUGGAAACAGUGAUUUCACUUUUGUUUCUGGGUGGGAGGAGGAGAAUGUAUGUGGACCUGUAUGAGUGGGUGGUCACUGCUAGAGAAUGUGUUGGUCGGUCCAGUGUGACUGGGUGGGGCACAGAACUGUGAUAAUAGCAUUUCUGUUUUACACUGACUGUUUUUUUACCGAUGGAAUGGGAAGCCGUCUGGGCUAGGGACCUAUGUACCUGACCUGGCCCAACAGUCCGAGUGUGUGAAUCAACGUAUAUUAAUUGAGCAUAGAGCUAACAGACAGCAGGACAAGUUAGCUUACAGCAGGUGGUGUCUUCCUGCCGCAGAGACGAGUCUGCCUCUGUAUGUGAUGUUUUAACACCAAAGUGUGUGUGUGUACACUAACAGCAAUGCCAUGUGUACAUUCUCCAAACUUGUACUCGAUCAUGAAUGGAUGUAAAAUGUGUCCAUGUGAAUAUAUAUUCAUGAAAUCAUGUUAUA